UCAGCUGUUUUGGCUUGGAGCGUACGAAUGACGUUUAAAACAAAAUGAUAAGAACAAUAAAGACGCGAAUUUAAAUGAGAUAGAUAACAGAAUAAAGCUGCGAUUAACUAUGACUUUGGAUGAUGUGGGAAAAUGUGUUGCUCCUGGAGCUGGUGAUACUGACUGGAAUGCCUUGUAUUUCAUAUUGGGACUGGUACUAAUGCCCAUUGCCUUGCCAUUUGUGGUUAUGGAAUGUUGCUACCGCCUUCGAAUUAAGAAGUAUCGCAACGAAUUGGCUGGAAAGGUUGUUUUGAUAACAGGCGCAAGUUCUGGUUUGGGAGAAUCUAUGGCACAUACUUUUUACAAAGCUGGCUGUAAAGUAAUAUUAGCAGCGCGACGUACACAGGAACUAGAGCGUGUAAAAACAGAUUUAAUGGCACUUGAUGCGAGCUCUGUAACCUAUCCGCCAGUUAUUAUGUCCUUGGAUUUGUCCGACCUAAAAGAAAUACCAGCUUUUGGACAUAGAGCACUUGGUGUAUAUAAUCAAAUUGACAUUCUUGUCAACAAUGGCGGAAUUAGCGUGCGUGCAACGGCUGAAUCUUCUGAUCUGGAUGUAGACUUGAAAGUGAUGGUCGUGAAUUACUUUGGUUCAGUCGCUUUAACUAAAGCUAUUCUACCAUCAAUGAUACAGCGUAAAACUGGUCACAUUUGUUUCAUAAGUUCAGUGCAGGGAAAAUUUUCGCUACCUUACCGUUCGGCCUAUUCAGCUUCUAAACAUGCUUUGCAAGCAUUUGCCGAUUCCUUACGCUCUGAAGUUGCAAAUAAAGGUGUGCAGGUUACCUGCAUAAGUCCAGGCUAUAUACGUACAAAGCUCUCUAUGAACGCACUCACAGGAGAUGGAAAGACUUAUGGCAAAAUGGAUAAAACAACCGCACUUGGCAUGGCACCAAAAAAGGUGUCCGAACGCAUUUUGAACGCAAUAUUGGGCAAGGAGAAGGAUGUCAUGAUCUCUGAUUUGCAAGCCAAAUUUGCAUAUUAUCUGCGUUAUUUAUGUCCAUCAUUUUAUUUUUGGAUAAUGGAAAACCGUGCGAGAAGACUUGAAAAAGAAGAAGCAAUCGAACAAAAGAAAGCAAAGUAAAAAGAUGAAGUGGCGUUAAAGACAGAACGUUAGAUACAUACGUAUACUCGUAACUAGGACACAAAAAAUGUAUUCCUUAAUAAGUGUAAUCGCAUAUAAAAAUUUUCUUUUCCCAAGCUAGAGAAAAACAAAGACUCGUUUAAAAUAAAAUAAAAACACGAUCACUUUUUCAAUUUAUAAUUUUUAAUUCUAGUAAUUACAUAUGUACAUACAUAUAUAUAUAUAACAUUAAUGAAGAUGAUCACCAGUUAACGACUGAAUUUCAAAAGCUUAAUUUCUCUUAAAAAACUAAAUAAAAUGUUUUCUUUGUAGACUCGUCGCAGUAAGACUACAAGAAGAAUUAAAAAGCA